UUAGCCAUUUUACAAUGAAGCAAUAGAGUUGCACUCUUCGAUGUUUCAAAUUAAUCUAUGUAUUCUAAUUGCAUCUCAUAAAUACAUAUCUAAUUAAAUUUCAUUGAAAAUUGAAAUAUAGCUAUUUCUUUUAGCAUAGUGUAAGUUUCUAACUUAAAAAAGAUGAAGUUUGGGAAAGAAUUUGUGUCACAAAUUGUACCAGAAUGGCAAGAAGUAUACAUGAAUUACAACUCUCUCAAGUCUAUUCUAAAAGACAUGUUAAAGUUUAAAGAGGAAAAUGAAUCAAAAGCACCAGUGGCAUCAACACCAAAAGGAUCAUUGAAGAGAAGGCUAACUCUCUAUAGAGCUUUUAGUGGUCUUAAUUGCAAACAAAGAGGAAGUUCAAGUACGAAUGAGGAUGAAGUAAUACUUGUUCGGUCACAAGGAGAUGAAGAUUCAAAAGUGUUGUAUCAAACCAAGUUUUUAAACCCUUAUGAAGAUGGAGCAGAAAGAGAUCUUGUCUUUUUCAGGAAACUUGAUUUUGAGUUUAACAAGGUUAAUGGAUUUUAUAAGAAGAUGAUGAAGGAAGUUGUUGAGGAAGCUGAGGAGUUAAGCAAGCAAAUUAAUUUUCUUAUUGCUCUUAGAAUAAAGGUUGAUAAGGUUAGGUUUGGAAAUCUUGAUAGCAAUGAAAACUCUUCUUCAACUUCCAUUAUGCAUCAUGUAAGUGAUGCCAAACAUGGUCACUCAACUCUACACAUGGACGUGAUUCAUGAAGUUGAGAUGAGCCAAAGUCAUUCGAACGAUGAAGAUAUAAAUCAUGCGGCACAAACUAAUUCCAAGACUUCCAUACAGGGUUUUAGACCAGCUCCUUUAGAGAUUCUUGAUCAUGUGAAGAUCAAUGUGAUCACACCAGAAACUCCUGUAUCAACCAUAAAAGGGAUUCUUGUAAGUUCAAAAUCUAACAUAGAAUUUAACAAGAAAGAACUUAGGAAAGCAGAUGAGCAACUUAGCGCAGCCCUAAAAGAGUUUUAUCAUAAGCUAAGGCUUCUAAAGAGAUACAGCUUCUUAAACUUAUUGGCAUUCUCAAAAAUCAUGAAGAAGUAUGAUAAGGUUUCUUCAAGGAACGCAUCAAAAGAUUACUUAAAGAUGGUGGACAGUUCCUAUGUUGGAAGCUCAGAUGAGGUUAAUAGGCUCUUGGAAAGGGUGGAACAUGCCUUCAUUAAGCACUUUGCAAAUGGGAAUCAUAGAAAAGGAAUGAACAUAUUGCGACCGACCGCAAAGAGGGAACGGCAUCGACAAACAUUCUUAUUAGGACUAUUAACUGGUUGCUCAAUUGCUCUCAUUGUAGCACUAAUUAUACUUAUACAUGUAAGACGUAUUGUUAAUACUAAUAGUGAAGGGAGAUCUAAAUAUAUGGAAACUAUAUUUCCACUUUAUAGUCUCUUCGGAUACAUCGUCUUGCAUAUGGUCAUUUACUCUGCGGAUGUAUACUUCUGGAGGCGUUUUAAAAUCAACUAUCCAUUUAUAUUUGGAUUCAAGGAAGGAACAGAGUUAGGUUAUAGAGAAGUAUUUCUUCUUAGCACUGGCCUUGCAGUACUUUCAUUGGCUGCUGUUCUCUCAAACUUAAACAUGGAGAUCGAUAAAACAACACAAAGUUUCAAAGCUAUUACAGAAUCAGUGCCUUUAGGCCUUGUCAUAGUUGUGCUUGCCAUAACAUUUUGUCCCUUCAAUAUCAUAUAUAAAACCAGCCGCUUCUUCCUUGUUAAAUGUGCAUUUCAUGCUAUUUGUGCUCCUCUCUACAAGGUCAUCUUUCCAGAUAAUUUCUUGGCAGACCAGCUUACCAGCCAGGUUCAAGCAUUUAGAAGUUUGCAAUUCUAUGUUUACUACUAUUUUUACGGGGACUUCAAGAAGAGAUCAAACAAGUUCAUGGAAGAAAACAACUAUAAAAUAUUUUAUAUAAUUGUAGCUAUUAUUCCAUUCUGGAUCCGUUUUCUUCAGUGUCUUCGAAGAUUAUUACUUGAAGAGAGAAAUAAAAUGCACGGACUCAAUGCAUUAAAAUACAUCUCAACAAUAGUUGCACUUACAAUGAGGACUAUUGAUCAGUUUAGCCCAGGAACGGUUUGGAAAGUUCUUGCUGCAAGUUCCUCAGGCAUUGCAACAGUUGUUAAUACCUAUUGGGAUAUUGUCAUUGAUUGGGGUUUGCUAAGAAAGGACUCAAGAAAUCCAUGGUUAAGAGAUAAACUCUCUGUACCUUACAAAAGUGUAUAUUUUCUUGCCAUGGUGUUGAAUGUUAUACUUAGGCUUGCAUGGAUGCAAUCGGUUUUAGGCAUUAAGGAAGCUCCUUUCCUUCAUAAAUCAGCUUUGACUGCUGUUGUAGCUUGCUUGGAGAUACUUCGUCGCGGCAUUUGGAACUUUUUCAGGUUGGAGAAUGAACAUUUGAACAAUGUUGGAAACUAUAGGGCAUUCAAGUCGGUACCUCUUCCUUUCAAUUAUCAAAUUGAUGAUGAAGACAGCUCUGAUACAUAAACAAGGAUGAAGACAGCUCUAAAGUGGUUUGGAGUAAUUACAGUACUUGUUGGUGCGGAUUUCCAUGCAACUAGAAAUUUUUUUUGGCCAAUUCGAAAACAAAAAGAGUUUGAAAGGUUUAUUAUUGGAAUGUCACUCAACUAUUUAAGGAAUUUGGUGUGCUAUGAACUCACUAAUCUUUUCAUCUAAAGAUCAUUCUAUGGAGGAGGUGGUUGAUAGCAUAAUAUGCGCUUCAUGGAAAAAAAUUUUGGCCAAAUAUUCUAAAAAAUUGUGUAUGUAAUAUGAAUGGUUUCAUAACCUAAGAUAACAUUGUUGUAAAAGUAUGUGUCACCAAGGAUUUAUUUUUGGUUGGGCAAAGUACCCGUUGUACUUUAUUCUUUUCUUAGAUGUAAUACUUCUUGUACUUGAUUCAAUGUUUCUUUAUAUGUAAUUUUUGCAAUUAAAAAGGUAAA